AUGCCCAGCACGUCCGGGUCGUGGCAAGGCCCAGCAGUGGAGAAGGGUGCCCGCAUGGCGAAGUUGGCUAAAGCCUCCGAGCGUUUGGUCAGUUGCUCUGCAGCUGACAUUCUGAAACAGGACUUCGACGCGGUUUUUGGUACCGCUUUGCCUGGCAACGACAUGCACAGCUUGCCACAGAUGAAAACAUGGAUGGCGUCAACAUUUGCAGAUCGUGCUCACAGAGCUCAGGCAGAGGCCAUCAGCGAUCAGCAGAUAGCUGAGUUCAUCUCACGCUUGGAGGUGCAGUUUCAGGACUCGGCGCCUCACGCCAUCGGUGUGUCGCAGGCAAUGACAGAUCUGCAGGAAUCGGUUCGCAUCCACGAGAAGAGGGCAAGGCUUCAGAUGCUCAGGAACCAGCUAGAGCAACAAGAGCUCUGCAACAAGAAGCAGGCAGACUUCAACAUGGUUAUGUCUGCUCGCAUGCAGGCUGCCAAGUCCAAGCUUGACCGGGACACAUGCGGUUUGAUGGCGGAACUGUGUGAUGACAGGGGCCUUCUACCAACAACACGUCCGGCAGCAUGA